UAAUGAGUGUGAGCGCGCUGUCCACGAAAUGCCGCGCGCGCGUUUUGUCCCGCCAGCUGCGUCCCCGCGGCGAAAAUCCGCCCGUGUUUAUGUUUACUCCUUUAAUUACCCCCUCCCCGCCCCAAUCGUGUCCACUCGUUUCCGUGCUCGCAUCUCGUAUCCCGUCUUUCGCGAUUUUCUCGUCGCUUUUCACCACGCGCUGGCCUCGUCCCCGCGUCUCUCUCUCUCUAUCUCUCUCUCCCCUCCCUCUCUUUUCCUCUCCCACCACCUCUCUACAUCUCUUCCUCUUCCUCCUCCUCUUCUCCUCCCCUCUCGCUUUCUUGCUGUCGCGCUCUCCCUGCGUUUUUCCUCCCUGUCGCGCGUUCUCCGUCUAUUAGCAGAAACAAACUUUUCCAUUUUUUUUAUCACCAGAUUAUGUCCGCGGUAAUGCGCUCGCGUACUCGAUUUGCUGCUGCAGGAUUAUACAGAAAAGUGCCCAUAAGUGUACCGCUGUACUCUAUCAGCCAUUCCAUGCUUCCUAUAAAUGCCAUGGCACAUAAAGUGGUACCAGGAUCAGAGUCGGGAUCGAUGAAACCUCUGACUGGCAGUGGACUGAGUUAUGUCACGCUACAGCCGCCUACCCAACCACUCAGUCUCGUGCAGGACCACAGACCCUCGGUGUAUCAGACCCCACCAUACAUAGGGAGUAACAUGGAGAAGGAACCAGAAGCCGAAAAAUUAAUUCCAAAUGGUGUGGAGAUCACAAAAACAGAAACGGAGCAAGAUGUGCCUGCUGCUGUAAAGCAAAAUGAUUCCAACAGGAACAACAACCUGAGUCCUGAGACUCCCACUCAAGAGCAGCCAUGUGAGAUACAAUCGGAAACACAGGUGCUACCUACACCUUUAAUCGAGUUUCCAAUGAGUACUUCAAUAUGCACACCAGCACAAACUAAAGUUGAAGAAAAGAAGAUUCCUGUAAAUAAUGAAUCAAAGGAAUCAGAUGGCAAAACCGUUAAUACUACUGUACAUAUAAAACAGUCUCCACAUAAAUCAGAAGAGACACAAGCAAAGAACGAGGUAGUAAGCCCAAAAGUAAAGCCCACGAAUCAGAGUUCGAAAAUAUCAAGUGAUAAUGCUGCUGCGACAUUAACUAGUACAUAUAAACCGGAUGCGAAAGUCACUACCUCUCCGAAGACAACCAAACGAAAAUCUAGAGAAUUGAAGGAUUUGAAAGCAGCCUCUGCUGCAGUUACUGAUGGAGCAAGUAAACCUAAGAGAAACCGGAUUCAAACGCAGCCCUAUCAAAGCCCGUUACCAGAGAUUGCUUUACUGGAGAGAAGUCUCAAUAGGACUCCUGGUUCUGGUAAAACUGCUGACGACAAGCUCAUCCUAUUUUAUAAAAACGAAUUUUUGGCUGUGAGAAAUGCAGAAGGAAGCUUUUUUGUUUGUCAAGCGAUGCAAAACAUCUACAAAUCGAGCAGACGUAUUCGUAUACGUUGGCUAUCUCAAGAUAAAAACAAUGGCGAAAUCUAUUCACCUGAUUUCUAUGACACCAUAGAUUUUGAUUGUAUAUUAACAAGUUUGAAUCUAAACAAAAUAGAAAAGCAAAGGUUCUGGUUAACUAAAUUAGAACUGUUACGUAUAGAAAAUAUCUUGAAACGAGCUAUUGAUUUUGAAUCUGGAGUGUCUGAGAAACCUCAAGUUACAGAAGAACAUCCCGAUGGAUUGGAUUUGUCACUUUAUAAAGAUGAGUCGCAGCUAAAGAGAAGAAAAAACUUGCACAGCGAGAAAUCGAAUCGUAAAAAAUCUAAGCGAGCUACGGAUUCUACGGAUGACGAUACAGACGAAGAAGAAUCGGAUCAAAAUUUAAAAGCAUCUAAAGCAAGUCGCCCGAAGAAACGAUCGAUUAAGGCAUUAGCGAUUGCUAAAUCUGUUGCAAAGGGCAGCAGCAGGGCAGAGAGAGCAUUAAACAGAAGCACGAAAUCCAGCAGUAAUUUAGAUAGCGAUCUUGUUACUAAUGCUGCUGCCGUUAUUACAACUACUACUAUCGCGACUACCAUUGCAGCUGCUGCAGCAGUUGCCACUACUAACGCUGCUAGUGUUCCCGUAACUGCAGUUACUGCUAUGACUACAACUGUAGUCAAUCCCGCUACCAAUGUUUCCGUCGUGGCGGAUACCAAAAAUAAUAUAGAAAUAAAAAAAUUGGAUUUAAAGAAGAAUGGCAAGCAGCAAAAUAAUGGCACCAGAGGAGUUCCAAGAACAAAACCCGGAGGUUCUGCUCAAGCCACGCAGCAAUCGAAUAAAAUGACCGGACGUCCGAAGCGUGUGACCGCUACCACUGGCGUUGUUUCGACCGAAGAAGCCUCUUCAAGGAAGAAACCACGUGGUCGGGCAUAAAAUUAACUUAAUAUUGCUUUUUUUAUGCUACAGUUACAGCCGAGUCUGUAUCGUAGGCAAUAUGUACGUGUGGUACUCCACUUGAAAUUGCAAUCAAUUUGUUAUGUAAUAUAUACAUAUGUAUGGAUCUCAAGAUUCUUAAAUGUAUCAUGUAUUGCAAUAAUAUUAUAGUCCAAUGAUACGGGAUCAACGACUUGUAUCUUCGAUCAGUCAAGUCGCAUUUAAAAAAAAAUUUAAAAAUAAAGAUAAAAAAGAUUUAUGCGAGCAAUAUUGUGAUAUCAUGCAAAAUUUGUACAUAUCGUCUACGUCUCAGACUCCUUCAAGGGAAGAAAGUCACGGAAUGUGUGGGAACGGUACCUUAAGUUGAGUAAUAAUUAAUCUACAGGGUGUCACAUACUAAUGCACUCUUGCAAUAGUCUAUUUUUGAUGUUGUGAGUGAACCGUACGUGAUUCAGUUAAUUUUAAUGUACACUUUCCAUUGGAUAUGAUAUAUAUUAUGUACAAAUACACAUGUCUGGGAGAAGCAGAAGUUAUCUGUAAAACAGAGAAAGAAAAAGAAGAAGAAAGAUACAAAGAAAUAAAAAAAUGUCGACAAAGAAAACGAGCACAAUCCCAAGUAUUACCGAUCCCCCGAGGUAACUCUUGGUCGAUCGAUCGGUAAAGGAUUUCGAAGUACAAUACAUUACUGUACAUUAUGCUGAAUCCUUGCUGUUAAAAAAAUAGCACGUAAAAAUGGUCCAGCGCCUAUAUAGACAGGCAGAGUAAAGAAGUGCCCUGAAUUGUCUCCUUGUCAAUCCAAGGAUUCGCGAGAGAGACUCGUGAGCGAAAAGUAGCACAUUGCUAAUAGGUUGUUUUUUCAAUUUGCACUUGCAAACGGCCCGUUGUAAAAUCGCAGGGUUCGUAAUUGAACGGAGAUUGAGAGAAAGAGAAAAAGUGAAUGAGUGAGUGAUGCCACAUUAUUAUGAUUUUAGUUACAUAAACAUAAUGUUUAGAAGAAGAGAAAAACAAUAUUUACUUAUUUAGAGUGAUAAGUCUUGAAUUUUAAUUGUAAAAAUCUUGAUUUAUGUACGUGUUAAUUUUAAUCUCCCUUUUUUCAUCGAAGAUUAUAACGAUGAUUAUAUAAGUGUAUAUUUAAUAUUAUAUGUUAGACAGUUAUAAUUCAUAUAUUUCGCCAAAUUUACAUACAAAUUUAUAUAAAUUUACAUAUAUUUUAAUACAGCGCAUAUUUUAUAUUCUGUACGUUUGUUGUGAAACAAACGCUUGUGUCAGUGUACUUUUUUCCAUGGCAAAACCAUUAGGGCACGUCUAAACGGAUCACUCUGUGGUUGUCAUUGAGUAAGUGCCGAUCUGUUCAGAUGAACUACUUUGUGAUACGACAGAGAAGACAAGGGCACUUUCUCGUAUCGUUCUGAAAAUUAGAGCGAUCACAUUGCUAAUUGCUUAGCACGUUAUCACAUGUAACAGAGAAGCUUCUUUGUUGCAUCACAAAGUGACUUGUCUAAACAGGUCGGCUUGCGUUUACGCAGCGACAGAGUAGUUUAUUUGGAACGCGCUUAAGAACCGUAUAUUGUUUGAUUGUGUAAUGUGUAAUGUAUGUUUCUCUUUUUAUACAUUAUGACAGUAGAGAUACGAGGAUCUGCGAAGCAGAUAGAUUUAUAAUGUUCUAAGAGAUCGUGGCAGCUUCGAGCAUUUAAACGAGGGAGUGGAAUGCCCAUACAUCGUCGAUUGCGAGGAUGGAUUUUUUUACUUGAAUUCCGUGUGGAGAUAUGUGUAAACGUAUUUUAUUGAUCGUUAAAAUAAUGUUUUGCUUGAUUUCGCCUGAACACAUGUACAUAAAGCGAUUAGAUAAUCAAAA